AUGCUACACAUAACGAGCAGUUCUUCGCCGGUUGGCUCUGCCAUCUUCUCGUGCAUCGCUUUAGUUGUCAUAUCCCUCGUCGUUCUCCUUAUUCUACGAUACUAUCUCCCGCUACGAACGACACCAGCCUUUUAUCUCAUUCCCAUCUUCUUCGCCUUAUGGCUACCAACCAUUGUCGUGAUCCUCGUUCCGGUCGAUCUUGCCUCGAGCGCAGUUACUGGUGAUGAAGACUCAAGGGGGAUAUGGCUCCCUGAGCGAGUCAUACUUGUUUCAUGGCGCAUUUCAUAUUGGUUAACAUUUGCGUUGACAUGGUUUAUUCUUCCGAUCCUUGCUGAAUACUCCGACUCUGGAUACCGAGAACCAUACGACAAGUUCAUGUACUCGGUUCGUAGCAAUGCCCAGUUUCACGCCAUCGUCUUAGGUUUUGGUUUCGUAGGGCUCAUUUACUAUGUCAUCUCCUCCGGCUUCUCCUUGAAGGUCGACGUUAUUAAGGGCACUAUUAUGGCUCUCGCAUACUGCUGGGGAUUAAUUCUCGCCAUCUAUCUCAUGGGCCACGGCUUGGUGUCGAUACCUCGACGACUCAUGCGCGGCGCAAGCAUCAGCGGACGACUACGGCGACUCCAGAGCAAGGCGCCCAAGGUUUAUGAAGAGAUGGAGGACUCGAUUACCAAACUUGAGGAUAUUGAGGUUCAGGUUGCGGAGCUUGGCCGACGCAAGACAGGAAGCGCAAACACAUACCGAGACUGGAUCGAAGAACUGCAAGAAAUGGCCAAUCUUCCCGAGUCGCAACCCCGAGGCACCCGGUUUGGUUCCAGCUCCGAUAACAAUAUUAUUCCACAUGUCAUCACCGAAAAGUAUCUCGCCGAUCUCACUAGGAAGUAUGUGCGCGCCAGACACGCUCGAUCUCGAUAUGUCAAUGCUUGGAGUGACCUCGUUCAAGAAGCUGCUGAAGCGCAAGCGAUCCUGGACUCGGCAGCAUCGAAAAAGCUCGACUUUGGUGAGGUAUCACCUCAUGCGACUUUUUGGGAAAAGACCGCCAUCCUGACACCAUAUACUCGAUACCUCUACUAUUAUCAAAUCUUGCCUUAUGCUCAAGUCCUUCUCGGUUUAUUCUUGGCAGCAGCGUCGGCUUGUAUUGUCUGGUCUGAGGUCGUCAAGUUUGCAUUCCCCAAGCUUUCUAUCAUCAGAUUAACUGUGGUUCAUCAUUGGGUUGGCGAUAAGCCUGAAGUCGGCUUCGCUGGACAGGCCAUCUCGUCAUUCUGGAUCUGCUACAUGUGUGCAGCGGCACUCAUUUCGAUGACCGAGGUCAAAGUCUGGCGAGGUCGAGCCCUCGUUCGACGAAACACGGCUCAUGAGUCCGCUUUCUGGUAUGCGAUGCAGGUGGCCAAACUGACUAUUCCUAUCUCUUACAAUUUCAUCACCUUCCUUUCGAGCCAGGUCUAUAACAAGACUGUAUUUUAUCACUUUCUCGGACAGCUCAUCGACUUUACACCACUGGGUCGUUAUUUUGACGACCUCUUUCCUGUGGUCGUACUAUUCCCUGUCUUUGCUACCCUUUUUGGCAUUUACGGUCGGGUCAAACGAAUCUUUGUUGGUAUGGAUGUAAUGGACGACGAAGAGGAGAAUGGCACCACUUAUGGUACUGGCUCCUGGCGGGAAGGUCGAGAUCUCAUCUCUCGUGAACUUGGUGGAAACACCCUCUUUCAUCGCAGAGAAGAUGCACUUGCUAGAAUAGGGGCUGCUGGAACAGUUGGUGGUAGAUCUGCUCCAAUAUUGUCUAUACCAUCUGCCCAUGGCGCCGCUUCUUCACCUGCACGGUCUCCAGCUCGAGCUCCAGCUGCGAAUGCCUGCCGUGGUCCAGAACAUCGCUAUGGUGCGAACUGGAACGACGAGCCGCCCGAAGACGAUAACCUCUUUACCAUCAUCGGCCACCGUAUGAAAAACACCAUGGAUGGUAUCGAAGCCCCUAAAUGGUUUAACGAUAUCAAGAAGCCAAAGUGGAUGGGUGGCGAUGAUGAUACGGCAGGGGCUGGAUCAUCAAGCUCGGGACCUGAUUUCCGUAGGUGGUUCGGUGGUUCCAGCGAAGGCCAGAUCCGUAUCUAG